GGGCCUAGCGUCACUUCCGCCUCCCUGGCGAGGCUCCGGCCUCGGGUCCAGAUGCGUAAGGUUCGGCCCCUUGUGGGGAGCGGUGGUGAGUCCGAGAGUGCCAUAGCGGCCCUGCCCCUGCCCCUGGUGGACGCCGCGCUAGGGGGAAGGGUUAGCCCACCCCCUUCCCGGGCCCUCACGCGGGUGGGAAGGGACAGUCCCAGCGACAGACCCGGCGCCUGGACGCGCCGUGGCCCCGCGGGCGGACGACGGGGACGGGCUCCGGUACUGAGCGCCUCCCGUGUCCCCAGCAGCACUGACCCACUUGCAGACCCCGGAGCUGAGCCGCCAGCCAUGGCCGCUCCCCGCGGGAGGGCCGCGCCCUGGACGACGGCCCUGCUGCUGCUCCUGACCUCGCAGAUCCUGUCCCCGGGGAGCUGCGCGGACGAGGAGGAGGUCCCCGAGGAGUGGGUGCUCCUGCACGUCGUCCAGGGCCAGAUAGGCGCCGGGAACUACAGCUACUUGCGGCUGAACCACGAGGGCAAGAUAGUCCUCAGGAUGCGCAGCCUCAAGGGCGAUGCGGACCUGUACGUCUCGGCCAGCAGCCUGCACCCCAGCUUCGACGACUACGAGCUGCAGUCGGCCACCUGCGGCCCGGACGCUGUGUCCAUCCCCGCGCACUUCCGGCGCCCAGUGGGCAUCGGCGUCUACGGACACCCAUCCCACCUGGAGAGCGAGUUCGAGAUGAAGGUGUACUACGACGGCACGGUCGAGCAGCACCCGUUCGGCGAGGCCUCCUACCCCGCCGACGGUGCAGAUGCCGGCCAGAAGCACGCUCGUGCCCCGGAAGACGCCUCGCAAGAGGAGGAAUCUGUUCUCUGGACGAUAUUAAUUAGCAUUUUGAAACUGGUACUUGAAAUUCUCUUUUGAGUCAUUGACCACGCUCUGGGGUAUAAAACCCUCCUGAAGCUGAUUGCAGUUUGCUGUGAAUCUUGGUACUUGUAUUUGGUUGAAGUUCUAGUUACCUUUUUCUAGUCAAGGGAUGGAAAAAUAAAGCCAUACACAGUUUUGUUACCUCAGUUACCCCAAAAAAUAGGAAAAGCAGCAAGCACAGUAUUUUCUUUUAAAUAUCAAAAUUCCUGUAAAAGGACUGUGCACGAUAAAGUGUUUAGACUCCAUUUUCAUUAGGCAGGUUGACUAAAAAUAAUUGCAGUAACUUAGGUUUAUAUAUAUAAAAAAAAGUAGAGCAACCUUUCAUGCUGUGACACAGAUCAAAGGUUGAUACUUUGUAAUUUUACUCUGGAGAUUCUAAGCGAAGUUCAAGGUGUACGUUUUCAAGAGUUACUAAAAUCAAGUUGGAAAUGAUUUAUGUACACUUCCCUGAGCCUGGACUAAAGCCUCGUGCCUGUACCCCAAGUAGGGAUGGUACUUUUCUAUACAAAAGUGAUUUCCUGGCAGGCAGGUAUUUACAAACUCUGUUCCUGUACCAGUCCAAUAAUGACAACUCUAAAUCCAGUUGCACCAAAUCUUAUUAGGCCAUUUGUCAUACCUAUGAAAAUUCUUUAGUUAUUAAAUAACUUUGUUAAUGCUACCUAUGGUAGGCCAGAAACAAUGUAGAUUAGGAAGUUUCAUGAAAAUUAACUUUUGGGGCUAUGGAGAAAUAGUUAAGUAUCUUAAGUUGCUAAACAUUUCCACUGAAUUUUUGGAGUGAGCCAGGGUUACUAUAAAAUACUUCGGAAGAUGAUUUCUCUACCUGGAAUUAGUUUAGAGGGUAAGAGUAGCUUUUAACAGAAAUAAAUCAACUGCAGAUUUUAAGCUCAUAAUUUGCAAAAAAAAAAAAUCUUUUAUUGGCAUAAAAAUGAAAAUGUUGUAAAUAAAUUGGCACCAAAUAUUCCACUUAAAUGCAUACACAGUAUUAGAGUCAAAAACUAUUUUAUCCCUCUUUGCUGUUUUUCCCCCUUCUGCCCACUUUCCUGGGUGUUGGGGGGGCCCGCUGACAACAGUCACAAAUCCAGCGACCUAGGAAAAAAAUUGUUAAUAUGGAAUGAAAAAUUAUCUUUACAGGACUGAAUUUUAAGCCCAUCUAAACUCUUCUUCCUUAGCUAUCACUAAUGAUAUUCCUCUGUGGAUUCUGUGGUGAGAAGGGCACUAUGAGUUCCUUAAUUUAAGGAGAAAAAUAUAAACUUGUAAUCAAUGCCAUGCAAAAUUCAUUGCAAGUCAAGAGGGAUGGGAGAGAUGCAAUGCCAUACAGUGAUAUGGACCUUUAAAAAAGUACAAUCUUUCCUGAAAUUCAAACACUAUCAUACUUCUAAAGUUCAAUACAUACUUCAAAAGUUCAAAACCCAUUCUGGAAUUUGGCUUUUUUAAGCCUUUUUCUCUCACUGGCAGCUGUGUGUCUUAACAGCAUUCUUUCAAGUCCUGGUGUACUCUGCUGACAGCACUUUAAAACUUUUAAGUUUCUAACAGCACAAUGAUAAAUUGUACUACAUACUUGAUCUGAAUUACUACAGAAAAAUAAUUAUGUUGCUUGCUUAAUGAUUCCCAGGAAACUUCAUUGUAGGCAUAUAUUUUAUAAGAGUAUUAUACAGUGUUAACUAUGCAAGUAAGUUCUAAAAUUACACAAUUAUCUGUGUAAUGUUUUAGUCCAAUUACUGUGAUUUAUUCAACUCUGUUCUAAAGUUACCUGGAAUUGUCAUGCUGCCUCAAUUUACAGAAAUCUGUAAUCGAUUUCUAUAGAAAUGUAUAAAGACGUAGUCAUUUUGUUAAGUUUCUAAAUAGAUAACAUAAAAAUAAAGGCUUUGAAACAAGAUGAUGCUGUUACUUAAGUAUUUCAGUAGAAAAACACCAGCUCAUUAUAUAGAACUGUACUUCCAAAACUUAGUCUCGGCAUUCUGGCCUCUCAUUUAUCCUUUAGUUGGAAUUGUCUGGGAAUGAAAAGCUGGUGGACGUGACCCAUAUAAUCACAGCUUUGGUCAUAUUUGCACAUAGGAGUCCACAAGCUCUGCAUGUCAUGAUAACGUUUAUGCAGCCUUUUGGAGUGCAAUGCUGGGAGAGUCUUAUCACCCAAAGAUAGUUUGUUCUUUUUUUAAUCUUUACCUGAUGGAAUAGCACCAAGGCCCACACAAAAAGUAUGAUAACCUCUGUCACACACAUCACAGAACAUCAUUUCUUCUUCAUGGUGGGGUUGUCCACAUAUAAUGCAUGUUUUACAUUCCAUACACUGCCAUGGGUAGGUCUUAAUCAUAGAAACAAGCUCCACUGUCAUAUCCAGGCAAGAAGGAUGGCCUAAAUCAAAACCAGUAUUAGUAGUAUCUCACAUAAGAAUUUUUAACUUAAUAUGGCACAUAAAAUGCUAGUUUGCUUUAGGACUUGCAGAGAAUAGCUAUAAUGUCAAAUCACCAAAGAGAAAUGAAAAUACAAUGUAGAAGAAAACACAUGGACUGUGUCUGCCUCACAAUCUACCCUGUGUAUUUAUUUGAUGACUCUGGUUGAAAUCUACCUGAAACUAUAAAUUCUAGUGUUUGAACCAACAAAUACGGUCGUUAAAAUUUUAAAAAGACAUUUCAAUACUUACCACUAUUCUCACAUUGGGAGCAGUGUAUAAGUGAUUCAGCCUUUCCUUUCUUGUUGGACUCCUUACCCUUCAGACAAAUUCCACAUAUAGCAUUUGGAAUGACCUUUGGCUGGAAGGGUAGAAGAGGGCUAUAAAUUCAUGCCAGAAGAGCUUACUAUGGGUUUAAAAGGAAUUCUGUUACUUUAUUGCCCUAUUACUACUUUUGAUAACUUGCUAAUGACCAUUUUGAAAGACAAAACUUGACAGGAAUCUGCCUGCAAUGUAAGAUUGCUUACUGAAGAAAGCAUUAAUUUCAUCAUAAAAUUUUGUAAACAGCAUGAUCUCUUAAGAUUAAAUGUAGAAUUCUAUACUCCCUACAUGCACAGUAAGAUCUGUUUAAUGAAUAGAAGGAAAGACGAAAUACAAUGCCAAAUGUCACUAUUAAUUGGACAAGAAAAUCCAAGUAGCAAAUGACCAUUAAAUGUGAGACUUACUCUAAAGAGAAGACCAUUUUAAACAGCUUAUGUAUUAAUUUUAAAAACUGCUCUUUUCCAAAACUGUAAAACUAGAUCUAUAAAAUAUAAGUUAAAAAAUCAGUUUAUCCUCAUUGGUAUAGUGGUACUUUUUUAAAAAUCAGUUUAAACAUUUUUAAUUGAAAGAUGUCUCAUGCAUACAUUGGCAUGUACAUAAAUGUUUGUUGAAAACUUAGUUGUGUGAUUAUUCUCUUUGCAUGUCUAAUAAAAGAAGCUAUACUUAGAAGGAUUUACUAUAAAAUAACGUAAAAUUAUAAAAGGGAAAAGUAAGUUUUCAGACAAGCAAAAAAAAACUGUAGUCACUUAAAAAAUACACAGACCCUCUGAGUACUACUCAUCUUUCAGAUUAAAAACAUGCAUGGUCCAGUGAAGGUGUUUGAAUUUUAGACAUAUUUGGUAACCCAUGGAAAUGACAAAGGAAAAAGGGUUCACUGCACUUAAAAUUACCAGGGGAGGGAGGGCAUCCGAACGUCACGGCCUUGACUGUUAUGAAAUGACGUUCACUCACGCUAUAGGAAUAAGUAAAUAACAGUGGUUAAAAAGUAAAAGCAAGCAUGGGCCAAGAAUGAAAUGGGGUAAGGGGACAUACAUACAUACACACACACGUACACACACACACGCACACACACAUAGAUGAACUGGGAAAAUAAUUAUUUUAAUUAGAAUUGUUUCAUUUCUGCUUCAUUCCCACCCUGCCAAAUGCAUGUCUUUCCUAAUUUACUGAACCAAAAAGGAACCUAAACAAAACUCAAACUUUGUACAUAUUCCAGCUUUGAAAUGUCUCACUGCCACCUUCAUAACCUGUUAGACCUAAACAAUUUGUUCUUAAUUAUUUUAAGUUUUGUACUUUUUAAAUUAUCUUUCUUUGCAAAAGAUGACAGAGGCAUUCAAAAAGAAUUUUUGGCUUAUUUAUUUAAAAAAAGUCAACCUUAUACAUAAAUAUAAUAAAAACAAGAACUCUAAACAAUCACAAAUGUCUCUACAAAAUAAUAAAUAUCAUGGAAGUUAAACAUACAUAUAAAACUUUACUAUUAAACUAAUUUCCUGUAUGUGUAUUUUUAUACCCUGCUCCCCCCAACAAUAGGAUAGUGUUACAUGCUCAAACCAUUUAAGUCUUGCAGUGUAGUUACCCUCUGUUGUUACUGCUACAUUCUAAACAUAAGGUUCUCAUUGUGUGUUCCUAUACCUAAAUAAAAAACAGCUAGGAAGUGCACUUCUAUAAUCCAAAUUCUGGUUCAGUUUUGUAAUCAUAUCUGUACCUGCCAUAAUAUACAGCAGAAUGCUAUCUCUUAAUCCAUCAAAACUAAGAAAUCUCUUUUGGUUAUGGUACCUGUACUAAAUGUAAAAGAUAUACUUAUUUAAUACUCAUAGUUUAAGUUAGAUACUGGCAUAGUAAGUACUCUAAUAUCUUUCACUAAAGUCAGGGAAGUAACCAAACAAUAUUAAAUUCUAAAAACAGAACUCCUCAUAGGAGAUUCUUUACAAAACAAAAGCCAAAAGGAAUAAAACACAAGGGUAGUCAUUCACAUUCUAGAGCAAUUCAAGUUCUACAAUCAUUAAAAUAUACAUUAAACACCUAUGAUAAAGGGACACCAAAAAAUUCUAGGUUUAUUUCUAAGUUUAAAUCAUAAUGCUUUGUUAAAUCACUUAGCUUUUCUUACCCAACAGUCUUCAUCUUGAGGAAAACAGGGCAACAUGAGAGAAGGGGAAGAGAGACAGCUUUGUAGCAUUUUCUAUGAUGAAUGCUGCAGCUCAAUACACAAAGCAUCUGCCCUCUCUAAGAAGCCACAGUGCUGGCAUCCAGGACUUUACACAGCAGAUAACAACCGUGGCUUAGAGAAGCCAGUCUCAGUGGAUUGCACAGUUGAGGGAGGGGUUAAUGUGCAGCACUCUCCCCAAGGCCAAUGGAACACACUCCCAUGUGUGUCUGGUUGAGACAAUCAGUUCUACUUCAAAUAACUGCAACAUCAUCAGUUUCACUACUGAUAAGAAAAUUGAAAUACUCAUCCUAAUAGCUCUCAGCAUCUCAAAUAAAAGGCUCACAGUACACUUACUUUUCUACUUGAAAAACAGCCAAAGAUAAGACUUUCAUGGUAGCAAUAAUAUAGUAUAGAUUUUAAUUAUAUAUUUAUAGGCUGGAAUCCUAAUAAUUAUGCUUUAAAUUUCAGGUUAAUGUAACCUAAACAAUACUGUCCUACGAAUUAAGGGCAAGCACUAGUGAAUCUUACUAAGCAAACCGACAGAUACAUUACUUUCUUGAAUCUCAUAUUUUAUAUAUAUAUAAAAUAUAUAUAUAAAACAUGACCUUUAGCUUGAAGUACCCUAAUAUUUAGGCACAUCUUGGUUUAUUAAUACUUUUUUUUAUAAAGAGGUUAACUUUUAAUAAACAUGUUCACAUUAAUGUAUGACUAGAUACUGGUUGUUCCCAUCUUUGAAAUACCUGAAACAUUUUUAGGUACUAAAAAUGUUCACAGAUUAUGUAAAAUAUAAAUUUUGCAUAUCCUACUUGAGUACUAUUAGGUUCAGUUAAUCUAUAUCAUUUCUUGUAUAGUAAAUCAAUGAUAGUGUUAAAUAGUUCAUUUCCAGCCUGUAUUAAAACAUCUAUUUCAAUAUUCUCUCUUUUUAACCCAUGAUCAAUCAAGCUUACUGUUGGAAAGAUCUACUUAGCACUCAAGAGUUAACAGGACACUGUCCUUUGAGCGGCCACUUCCAUUUAAAGCUCUUAGCAGACCAGUAGAACACACUCAUUCAUGUACACUCUUUCUGAAAUUUCAUCUUUGGAGCUCACUUGCUUUCAGUUAUUAAGCAUUAAUUUAUAUAUUUAAAGAAAUUAGAUAAGCUUUAUAUGUAAAAACAAGUACAAAAAUCACAUAGCUGCAGCCUAUUGCAGCCACCCUUGGAAGCCAACCCUUGCUCAAUUAAGCUUAAAAUUUGCUUGCUAUAGGCUACAAAAAAAAAAAAAAAAAAAUUUAAGUUAUUUACAUAAAAGUAUUUUCUAAUAAAA